AUGUCAUAUAACUCCUCCAACAGCCUAAAAAAGACUUAUCAGCCUACUCAACCUACUCAGCCUACUCCCCCUACUUGGCCUACUCAGCCUACUCCCCCUAAUUGGCCUACUCACCCUACUCAGCCUACUCAGAAUUUAUUCCAAAAUCAAGAUAGUGAUCGCAUGAUUCUUGAUGACACUAAUUCACCUUCAAUUCCGAUUUCACAGAGCUCAAAUAAUUACUCACAAUCUUUUAAUCCUGUGGUAUCCAACCAAGGCCAAGUGCAAACUCCUCAGUUUCAACAAAAUCAUAUACAAAAUUACCAGCCCCAGAAUGCUCCUAUACAAAUGCAAUAUUUUCAGCAAGCUCAACCGCAUCAAAUGCAUCAAAUCCAACAAAUCCAACAAAUGAAAGCCCAACAAGUGCAGUUCCAAACACCAGGACAGCCUCAAAAUAGUAAAUUAUCUCCUAUUUCUCAAGUUCAGCAACCGCAACUUCAAAGUUUUCCAAUUCCAAACUAUCAAUCUCAAUAUCAGAUGUCACCAGGACAGCCUCAAUAUAGUAGCUACCCUAUUAGCAAUGCUCAGCCAAGACCUGUGCCAUAUCAGCAGCCUCAGCCUCAAUAUCAGAUGCCACCAGUACAGCCUCAAUAUAGUAGCUUACCUAUUAGCAAUUCUCAGCUAAGACCUGUGCCAUAUCAGCAGCCUCAACCUCAAUAUCAGAUUCCACCAGGACAACCUCAAUAUGGCAUCUUCCCUCAGCAAGGACCUGUGCCAUAUCAGCAGCCUCAAUAUAGUAGCAUCCCAAUUAGCAAUGUUCAGCCAACUAUGGAAUAUAAGCCGCAACAAUAUAGUCACAACCCAAUUAGCAAUUCUCAAACAAUGCCUAUGUUAUAUCAGCAGCCUCAACCUCCAAUGCAAUACCAGCCCCAAAGUCUUAUGCCACUCAGUCAAUCAGUUCAGAUCCCUUCUUAUCCAAUGAAUAGUGUGUUUAGUUCAAGCAGAUAUAUCCCUGAAGACUUACCAUUGAUACUUGAUGAUGACGACAUCCAAAUAAAGCCAAUAACAGAAGAAACAAAAACUUCAGAAGGCUCAGUCACCGCUUCUAUGAAUUUUCUAUUCAAUUAUCUAGAAUUAAAAGACACAGAACAAGAAAUCCCUUGCACACUUUCACUGACAGGCUCAAACAUGGAAAUGACAGAACUCCAAAGAAACAGGGCAGGGCUUGACUUAAUCUGUGUAGUAGACGUGAGUGGAAGUAUGGGAGGUGAUAAGCUUGAUUUGGUAAAGAAAACUUUGGAGUUUAUGCUUACGCUAUUAAAUGGCAAUGACAGAGUUAGCAUUGUUAUUUUUUCUGAUAGUUCAAGUAAAAUCAUUAAACUGACAGCUAUAAAUGAAACAGGGAAAAUAGAGGUAGAAAAAGCUAUUAGGUCGAUGCAAGUCAUUGGAGGCACAAAUAUUGUCUCAGGGCUUCAAAAAGGCUUUGAUGUUGCAAUCAAUCGAAGAAUUGUAAACCAAGUCACAUCAGUAUUGUUAUUAACAGAUGGAUGUGAUAAUGACUAUAAUGCAGUUGUAGAAAAAGAAAUAUUGUAUAAUGAAAAUAAUGCAGUUGUAGAAAGAGAAAUAUUGUAUAAUGAAAAUAAUGCAGUUGUAGAAAGAGAAAUAUUGUAUAAUGAAAAUAAUACAGUUGAAGAAAGAGCAAUAUUAUGCUCUAAUCAGUCAACAGCCUCAAUUAAAGGUGCAUUUACAGUUCAUACUUUUGGAUAUGGCAGGGAUCAUAAUGCAAGAGCUAUGCAAGAAAUUGCAAAAGCAAAUAUAGCAUAAGGCUCUUUUUGGAUUUCCAGAGGUUAAAGAUGGUCCACCCAACUGGCCGAGUUGAUUGGGCAAUAAUAGUUGGCAAGUUAACUUUGCCAGUUAGCAAUUGGUAUAUAAAUUUCACUUGACAAAUGAUGGUCUGGCCUAGUAACUGAUGUUUCUUAAGCCAACUCAAAGGAUUGGGUAAGCAUCUUGUGGCCCAGGGCGAUCUAAAAUAAAUCAUAGGCUAUAAUGGGAAUUUUUAUUAUGUGGAAAACCCAAAAGAUAUAGCUGAAGCUUUUGCAAACUGUCUUGGAGAGCUUGUUUCUUUAGUUGCAGAUAAAGUCGAAGUAGCAUUAAGCACUCAAGAGUGCAAUAUUCCUUUUCACUUGCAUAAAGUGUAUUCAGAAAAUGGCGACACUCAUUUCACAAUGCCUCAAGUCUUUGCAGGUAACAAAAAAGACUCACUUCUCCAUUAAUUUCAAAAUUCUAAAACAAUUAUUUUUUUUACAAUAUUAUAAAUUAACAAUCUCAUUAAUAUUAUAUUGAUUUUAUAUAAGGCAAGUUAGUUUUUCUAUUGAAAUUUCCACCAACAACUGAUCGAGUCCCUGAAAACGAAAUUAUUAAACCUGUCAAAGCAAGAAUUUCCUAUGUAUCAAAAUCAGGAGAAAAUAAAAUAAUUGAGGCUGAAUUGAGUAUUUUGGUUGUCAAUGAAGGAAGAGAUGAUAUUGAAGUUAAUGAAGACGUAAUGGUUAACUUUUAUAGAUGUAAAGGAGCAGAAAUAUUAAAAGAAGUAGCAAGUCUUGCCGAAGCGAGGAAAUUUAAUGAAGCUAAAGUAGCUGCGCUUAAUGGCGCAAAUGAGCUGAAAAAUUGUAUUGUGAAUGAGCAUACAAUAGUAAAGGCAUUGAUACAUGAUCUUGAAGAUGCUGCUAAUAGAGCUUCUUCAAAUGCGUCAUGGGAGCAAGGAGGAAGAGCUCAAGUUUCUUCAUUACAAGCAAAUCAUUUUUGCCAAAAAGCUUCAAAUAACUCCCUUGCUUAUCAAAAUGUAUGCCAAACUGCUUAUUCAUCUUUGGCUACUAAUUAUUUUAAUACACCUAAAACGCAUUAA